GAUAAAAAAUGGAUCUUUCUUUCGGAAAAGCCAAACCUCCUCUCCGAGAACAUCAUCGAAGUGCAGUGCGAUAUCUUGAAGCUUCGGCCUCCGGGGACGAAGACAUCAAUGAAAGAGACCUCACCGUGCACACAAAGUGGACAAUAGGUACCACCAGUAGUUGUCAUCAGCAAGAGGACGCAGAGCACAGCCAUGGCACCCACCGAAGAAACCAGCCUUCUCGCCAAGUCGGAAUAUGGCAAGAUUGUACAUGUAGGUGGAGAGCAGGAGCCCGAGUUCAAGUGUGAACAUCCUCCACUCCAAAAGGAUAUCCAUGACACCAUCUACCUCGCUGGUCCGAUCUUUGCUGCCAUGUUGAGUUGGGUUGGAAUGAAAACAACAGACACGGCACUCCUUGGGCACGUCAGUGCGGAUGCCCUCGCUGCCGCUGCUCUGUCGGAUUUGUGGACCAUGUGCACAGGAGUGCUCAUCCAAGGACGAAUUUUGAGUGUCUUGUGCGGAGCUGCUGUCGGUGCCAACAAUCCAAAACUGGCCGGAAUCUACUUGCAGGUGUCCUACUUUGUUUUGGCUGGUUUGUGCAUUGUCGUCUUCAUCUGCUGGUGUCUUACGGGCGUUGUCUGGAAGGCCUUUGGAUCCGAUCCUGAAAUUGCAGAGAUGGCAGGAUUCUAUGCAAAAGUAUUGGCAUUAUCCAUUCCAGGGCAACUGAUCUUCUCCCAAUUGUCUCAGUUCUUCCAGGCUCAGCGCAUCAUGUAUCCUGAAGUCAAUGCUAGCUUGGCGGCUUUGUUUCUAAACCUUGCUCUAGGAUUGAUCUUUGUGUUGGGAUGGCCCUUUCCCGAUUAUGGAGGUUAUGGGUUCCCGGCAUGCCCGACUGUUACGACCACUGUCGUUUACAUCCAGAUUAUCAUUUUCUAUGUGGUCUACAUCCUCAUUCAAAAGUUGCACGAACCUUGCUGGGGCGGUUGGAGCUUCAAGGAAAUAACCUGGGAACGUAUCAAGACGUUUUCAGACUUGUACUUCCCUGCUGCAUUUGGGAUGGCAUCUGACUUUUGGCGUGUUGCCGUAGUUGGUGCCAUUGCUGCUGAUCUCGGAGAACUCCAGGUGGCUGUUUUCAACACAUCGUACCGUGUCAUGUGGAUUUGUCUUGUCUUGGUGACUGCCCUAAGCAGCGCCGCUGGGAUCAAAAUGAGCCAGAGGCUUGGAGAUAUGGACCCAAAUGGGGCCAAGCAAGCAGGCGAGGUUGGCAUUGGCCUUUCGUUUGCGGUUCUUCUUGUCAUUAUUAUUGGUGUAUACUUCAAAACGCGAAUGUUUGGGAAAAUUUUCACGCACGAUGAAGAGUUUUUGGAUAUCUUUGAGUCUACCAGGGUUCCUUUCUGUGUCACCCUGUUCAUGAUGAAUUUCAGUGUUGCCAUUGAACGAAUCCCUUACAGCAUGGGAAGAACCAAGGAGGUGUUUUGGAUGGGGUUGGUUGCGAGCUGGGGUGCACAAGUUCCUGGUGUCUAUCUGCUGACAACCUACUGGCGAGAAGACCUUUUCGGAUUGUACACUGGCAUGGCGAUUGGAUACACCGUGUUGGCAUUGCUUUAUGGAUAUGUGUGUGUUACGAGCGAUUGGAAAAAGUAUGCAUUGAUUGCUCGCCAACGCUCAGAGGUAUCAGACACGCCAGAUGUGCCCUAGCUGAUUGUUUGUACAAGCCACAACUAUCAAAUAGUAUUGUAUGACAGGUUAGUGAUUUGCUAUACAAUUUUUUGGGUAGCACUUAGAAUUCUAGCAAAUCUAUAGAGAUAGAGGCAGCACAAAGAAAGCCUGGAUUAUGCACUC